AUGAGCGACUCAAUUCCCUACUGCGGCCAGCAGUUGAUCGGCGUGUCAAUUGCAAUUGCUCUAGUGCAGGUUUUAGUCGUUGGAGCACGGUUGUACACAAGGCACAUUCAAAAGGUUGCCUAUGGCAUUGAUGAUUAUCUCAUUAUUCCAGCAUUGAUUGCUAGUUUAGGACAAUCAGCGCUUUAUAUCUACCUGGUUAAACGAGGAGUAAUCGGAUAUCACCUCGAGUAUGUCGCAAAGUCACCUGGAAAAUUGAUCAUUUUGAACCAGGGUCUCUAUGCCAACGAAAUACUCGACUUUCCCUUCAGCGUCACGCCUGCAAAAAUUUCGAUCCUCCUAUUCUAUGCACGAAUCUUUCAAGUUCGCACCUUUCGAACCAUCACAUACAUCGUGGGCGCAAUCGUUAUCGCCCAUGGUAUUGGUGUGCUUUUUGCUGCAAUCUUCCAAUGCUCACCGAUCGCUUUUACGUGGAAUAAAGCGAUAACUGGGGGGUCCUGCUUUGACCAACAGGCCUUUUACCGAUAUGUUUCGCCUCCAAAUAUUGCUACGGAUAUUCUCAUUCUGGUUAUGCCGCUACCAUACAUAUGGAAGUUACAUACCCGCCUAGGGCAUAAGCUCGCUCUGACGGGGGUCUUUGUAUUGGGGGGGCCUAAUAGAGGUACUGUCGCGAGUAUCCUUCGCAUGACAACAUUUUUUGAAGAGAGUGCCAUGGCUGACCCAACCUGGGCAUCUGUAAAGCUCGGCAUUUGGACAGUUCUGGAAAGUGGCAUCAUCAUCAUCGCUGCUUGUUUGCCUUCGCUCUGGCCUUUGAUUUCCAAGAUUAUUCCCCGAGCCUUACUCACAAAUCAAUCCACAAACCAACCACCACGACCUGGCUAUAACCCGAGUAUUCAUCAUGCGAAAAGAGAAUCAGGAUUCUCACGUCUUGGGGAGAGUUCGGAUACAUUGGGAUGGCCUUUGACUCAAAACUCGUGCCAGGAUCUACAAACUGACGGGCAUGCCGAUGAAGUACCACUUAAUAAUGUGGAUCGGACACAUGCCAAUAGGUCCUGA